AUGGCCGCUACUAAAUCCACGCCCGACAUACAUCCCUCUGCCUUCCCCCUCGCCGGCCUCGCCCGCGACGGCUGGUCCACAGAGACAGAAGCCACGGCAACCUGUUUCUGCGGCGCCGUCCAGCUGCGCGUCCCCCUCACCGCCCCCGGCCUCGUCGACACCUUCAUCUGCAACUGCCCCGACUGUCACAAGAUCACCGCCUCGAUGUUCGCCUCCAACUUCACGGUCCUCGACACGCACACGUCUUUCAUCCGAGGCGAAGCCAACCUUACUGCGUUUGGGCAAUCAGACACUAUCGGCCGGGGCCAUCUGAUGACGAAUUACUUUUGUAGAACUUGUGGCACGUUGAUGUAUAGGGUAGGAGGCGGGUUUCCUGGUAUGAAGAUCCCGCGGAUUGGCACUGUGGAUGAUUUCAGGGUUAUGGAGGGUGCGUUGAGGCCCAGGAGGGAGCAGUUUACGAAGUAUAGGGUAGGGUGGUUGGAGGAGGUUGAGGAUACGGUGAAGAGUGAGGGAAUGGGGGAAUGA